UUACCAAUUUUGGGCAGAAGAAUGAUCGAGAGUUAAUGAUAGAUGAAACUCGAACAAUUUGGGGUUUUCUAUUUAACGCUCAUAUUUCAUAUUUUUAAUGUAUCCGGUGUUUUUGUUAUACUCUCGUGCAGUGGGCGUUGAAAACGGAUCUCGAAGUGAAAGUGCGGCGAGAUUCAACUGAAGACUAGAAUCACUGAAGAUCUACGAAAAUGGACUCCGUCAACUCAUCGAAAAGUCAAGUCUGCCCGAGUGACUUCCCAAUUUCUUUCUCCAAAGUGCAGUACCAAUCUUCUACCAUCAACGACAGCGCGAUUUUCUUCGUCAUUCUGUUUAAUGUUAUCAUCUGUCCUUUUGCCAUUACUUUCAACACUGCAAUGUUGACCGUCAUCAUUCGAGAUCCAAAUCUGCUAUCCUUAAAGAAUACCUCCAUUCUGUUUCUAACUGUUGCAGAUUUACUAGUUUCUACAUUUGGCCAAAUAAGUUUUAUAGCCAACGAGCUCGGAAUUCUUAUUCACGGUCGCCUCCAGUGUUCCGCAGUGUUCGCAACCAACCUCUACACGGAGCUAUUUACCAUUGGUUUGUCAUUUUUUACCCUGAAAGUCAUGACACUUGAACGGUUUCUGGCGAUAUUUUGUCCCUAUUGGUUUCAUAGAUGGGCAACAAAGCGACGAGUUUGCUUUGCUUAUGCACUGACAUGGGUCUCGUGGACAAGCUAUAUCACCGUCGUUAAGUUUUCACCAGAAAUCCCGGAGUCUACCUAUACUAGCGUUCUCACUGGUUUUAUCUUCACAAACCUUUUAUUCACGCUGUCUGUGUAUUCUAAGAUUAACAGGUUACGCAAACAAGCGCAUGUUACUCCCAAUAUUAACCAGCACAAAACAGCAGAAGAAAUUGCACAGAGAAGAGCCUCAAGAACAGUUGUUUAUAUUAAUGCUGCAUUGUUUAUAAGCUAUUUUCCAACUUUUCUCGUGGGUAUUCUUCACUAUAGCAAGAUAGUGACCGAUGAUGUCCUCAUAUAUCACGUGUUAUACCCACUAGCACAAACUGUUUCAUUCAAGUCAGCGGUAGUCGACCCUAUUAUCUAUGCGUGGCGCACCUCUGAGAUAAGAGAAUCUUUAAGAAGAUUGCUUAGGAAGAAAGGGCUAUCGCGUAACAACAGAUCGGUUCAGAGCAGGGUAGGGUAGGGUAGGGUAAGGUAGGAUACACGCGCAAUUGUCCAGCACGAUAUGGUCUCAUAAUUUGGCCCCGAAAUGUUGGAAUGUCGAAGAGUACAACGCGCUGGUUGUCCGUCAAUGCCAGAUACUUUGAUCAUCGGGAAGGGGAGGGGGGGGAGUGCUGACCCCUCCCUUUUCGUUACAUAUACUCUUCUUCCACAUCCCCACACCUGUAUACACCAAG